UCCUAUUUCCAUCUCAAUCCCAUCUCCCGUCUCCACAACAACAAUGAACAACCCAGCCGUCUCAAACCUCAUCCUCUCUCUCGGCGCCAUGCAGGUCGCUCGAAAGAUCCCCAUGGAAGACCCACAGGUCGUAAACUACCUUCGUAUCGGUUACGUUUCUGCUCAGCUCAUAUCGCUUGCCAUAUACUACUUCAUUACUCUCAAGAUUAGGAAGAAGAACGACUUGACGGUCUUGAAAUAUGUCAAUCCGGCUUCCCCUAUGAACCCUGAUGCCAAGCCUGAACUUGUGCAAACUACUGUCAAAGACUACGACCUUGCUGAAACUGGCAAGGCUAUCAGGAGCUUACUCAUCAGCGUCGCCAUUAUGACCUUCCUUCACGGCUACAUGAAGUACACUCAACCCCUCUUCAUUCAAUCCAUCAUGGGUCUCAAGGGCGCCCUCGAGUCCAACCCUGCCAAACUUCACCUUUGGAACAAGAAGGCCGAGGGUGACCUCGCCCGACCUUUCAAGUCCUCUGGCGGCAUGUUUGAGAGCCUUACAGGUAAAGCUUCCGGCCCCCAGACGGAUGCUGCCUCUAUCAAAGAGGCCGAGAAGGCUGGCAAGGCCGAGUAAUGGGAUCGACUAGAAGUUGUCAUAGAUGUUGCGGAGACUUGCAGGGGAGAACACAAAAAAUUGUGUGAUGAGUACUUAUGUAUGCAUGCAAACCGGGCGGAUGUGUUGUUUAUGCAUUCGUAAUAGUACAGCAUCUAUGAUUAUAUGUUUGCCCUUGCCCUUCCAUCACAUCUUUUAAUGCAUAACUCCCCUUUCUCCCGCCCAUCAUCAUGGGCCAUUCCGAUACGGAUGAACUGCUUGACAUUUCUCGAGGUCUUUGUCUAGGCGAAGAGGCGGGGGGUGAAAAUGUCAUGGAACCGGCUGCAGGACCACGAGGAGGUGAGAAUAUAGGAGGCGAAUCGAGGGAAAGGGAUGAUAGUGUUCGGU